CAAAAUGUGCAGGGCUGGGGGUCCUUCAGGACAGGUUUGGGAACCACUGCUCUGUAUAGUGCACUAUGUGCCAUUCACCAUAUAGAAACUAGUAAAUGUGUGAACAAAUGGCCGAUUUCAGCCGCAGCUUCAGCGUCUGUUUAUAGUGUAGGAGGGGGCGGGACUUCAGAUUCUAGAGAGAAUUUGAUUGGACAGAAGAUUUGAUGAGAAGCUGAAGUGUGCGGAGAUGUCAUGAAAAUCAGUGAUCCAUUUUAGCGGAAGUUAAAAACUGUAAGUUUUGAAUGCGUAUUAUUUAUAUCUCCUAAAUGUGAAUUUUGUCAUUGUUUUGGAACACACACUUAUUAAUAACCUUAAGGCUAACAUAUUCAUACUAAAAGAUAAAAAAACCUUACAUUUUCAUUUCAGGGGGACUUUAAAAUGAAAAAAAGACAAGCCAAAAUAACAGUAGAUAAAUAUGAAUAUUUAUAAAUAAACCAUGCUGAAAAUCAACCUAUUUGAAAAACGUUGUUAGCUGAUGCUAACUGGGUAGCUAACUAGGUAGCUGAUGCUAACUUGAGGUAAUUUUUAAAUAUAAAGUCUAAAUAUUUUUAUUCAACCACCUAGUUUACAUUUGAUGGAAAAACAAAGGAUGUGAUGUUCAGAACCAUAGACUGUAAAAAAAGGUAACUACAGUAAGUUAUGAUAGUGGGAAGCAAUGCAUUUUACCCCGCAGACUUAGUUUGAAAAAAAAAAUGGUAAUUUUUCCUUAAAUAACAUGUACUCCCUAACUACAGGCCUUACUAUUCUCAUAUCAUGUAUAACUGUGAUUUUCAGCAAAACAACAAGCUUUAAAGGGGAGGUUGAUUAUGAUUUCACUUUUUUAACUUUAGUUAGUGUGUAAUGUUGCUGUUUGAUCAUAAACAACAUCUGCAAAGUUACAACACUCAAAGGGAGAUAUUUUCUUUUACAGAAAUCACUUUUUAAAUGGCUGGUAGAGACUACAACGAGCUUUAUCCCGGGUUGGUGACAUCACUAACCCUAAAAUUAACAUAAACCCCGCCCCCGAGAACACUCAACAAAGGGGGUGUCGCCAUGUUGGGCUGCUUUAGAGAAGAGGAAGAGUUGUUGUAGGAGAGUGUUGUUCAUUUUACGCCGGACUGCUUCACAAACGAGGGUCAAUUCAACACAAAAGAUUAACAUGACGGCACAUGCUAGUGGAUGAGUUGAAUCAACUCCACAGCAACUACAUAAAUUUAUCCACUAACCAUUCAGAAACGUCUAAAAGUUGUAACUUCUUCCUGAGUCUCUCCAUCAGUGUCGACUCCGGUUUGAACAAUGUAAGGCUGAACACCGUUACUGACAAUCCUCAUUUUGUCUGCGUGAGAUUCUCCAGCUUUGUUGUUGUUGUUGAGCUGUUAAAGCUCCGCCCUCUUCUGGAAAGGGGGCCGGGAGCAGCAGCUCAUUUGCAUUUAAAGGGACACACACAAAAACGGCGUGUUUUUGCUCACACCCAAAUAGGGGCAAAUUUGACAAGCUAUAAUAAAUGAUCUGUGGGGUAUUUUGAGAUGAAACUUCACAGACACAUUCUGGAGACACCAGAGACUUACAUUACAUCUUGUGAAAGGGGCAUAAUAGGUCCAGUUUAAAACACUUUUUUUUCUUACUGCUGAAAAUUAGAUUACUUUCUGUGAAAUCUGUUUUCUCUCAGCUCUCAUCAGUGUAAGCUUCACUUCUACAUCACUUGUGUCAACUGAGUCCAUAGCAACAACAAAAAAUGUAUCUUGACUUAUCUAGUUGUUAUUUUGUGUUAUUUUUAUUUUGUAAAGCUUCAAGGAUGCAACGAUCACUGUGUACCAAAACAUACGAAUGAGAUCCUAUGAAUUCAUAUGAAUUAUGAAAUGUAAAAUGGUUACGAAUUGCACUGAGAUCAUGUUGAAAAGACUUCCGUUGUUCUACGGAAAGCAAAAGAAGAUAUUUUCAGAAAUGACACAAGAGCAAAUGAUGUCAUGGUGUUUUUUCAUAUUCAUAUUUUUGAACUGAGGUCACACACACUGAAGGUGAUUAUUUCUAGUUAAUGAUCCUGAUGCACCGUUUCAGUGCAAAGAUGUCUAACAAUGUGUUUACUUUCUGUAGAUUAUCGGUCAGUGUGAUUCUUGCUUGAAUCAUGUGACGCUUGAGUCUUUAAUGAGGUCUAAAGGUUUUUAAAGGGGAAAUGCUACAGCAAAAUGGGUUUGAACAGAACAUUUAUGAAGACUCUAAAACUUCACAGGCUUUUUUUGGUAGCAGGCCUAAAUUUAGGUUGGAUUAGAUUUCAUUUAAUCGUAUUUUAGGCCUAACUGGUUUAAAUGCGCUGGUGAUGAUUGUGGAAAAUGCUGAAGAAUGUUUCGGUUCAGUGGACUGAAUAAUGUGAGUUCAGCAGCUGACGGACGGCGUCAUUGACACUGACUUGAGUUUAAACUGGCCUGAGAUCCGCGUGUCGUGAUGGAGAAAGUUGUGUGAGCGUGAGAAUGGCUGUUCAGGUUAAAUGUCAAAUGUUCGGUCUUGUAACAGCUUGUAAAGCAAUCUCUUUACAGCAUUAAAGAUUCAUCCUCCAAAUUUGUAGGAUUUUCAAUGAUUCAUGAGCUGGAAAAAUCCUUAAUGUGACAUUGAUCUUCAGCCAAAACAUCAUUGUUUCGACCAAACACACACUGGGAGGAACAAAACCACAGUACUGAACGACACACACACACAUAAAGAAUAUUUCAACACGACACCACUUCCUCAUUCACACACAUACACACACACACACACACACAUCCCAUCUCAUCGUGUGUGUGUUUUCAGAUGUCCCAGCUUUACUCCCGUGUGACCUUUCAUCAUGUGAUCGGGAAGGCGGCGGUUAAGGGGUGGUGUUACCGUGGACUGUCAAUCACACGCAGCGUCCAGGACAACCAGUUCUGUGCUGUCAAUCCACGAUUCAUCGCCGUGGUGACAGAGUGUACAGGAGGAGGGGCCUUCAUUGUCAUUUCUGUCCGUCAUACGGGCCGUGUGAGUCCUCUGCAUCCACGUGUGUGCGGUCACAGCGCUCGAGUGCUGGACGUCAAGUGGGACCCGUUUAACGACCUGCGCAUCGCGUCCUGCUCGGAGGACUGUACGGUGAAGGUGUGGAACAUCCCUCCGAACGGACUGAAGGCUGACCUGAGGUCGCCCAGUAAGGAUCUGCUCGCUCAUGGCCGCAGGGUGUCGCUCAUCGAGUGGCAUCCAACCGCCAGAGACCUGCUGCUAAGCUCCGCCUACGACUGCAAAGUGUUUGUGUGGCGUUUAGACGCACCGGAGGUGCCGGUGUGUGUGAUAAACACACACUCUGAGCUGGUGGUUUGUUUGAGUUUUAAUGCAGAUGGAAGUCUGUUGGCCACGGCCUGCAAAGACAAGAAGAUCCGAAUCAUCGAGCCGCGGACUGGACGAGUGCUGCAGGAGUCUCGCUGUGGCUCUCGUAAAGUGUCCAGGAUCCUGUUCCUGUGGGAUCUGAAGAUGUUGGUGUCCACGGGAAACUCUUGCUGGAACCAGAGACAGUUUGCCUUGUGGGAUCUGGAGGAUCUGUCCGAGCCGUUAUUGGAGGAGGAUUUGGAUGGAGGUUCAGGGGUCAUUUUCCCGUUUUAUGAUGCCGACACACACAUGCUGUAUCUGGCUGGAAAGGGCGAUGGUAACAUUCGCUAUUAUGAGGUCAGUGCGAUGAAACCCUACGUUCACUUCCUGUCUGAAUAUCGCUCUCCGUCCCCUCAGAGAGGCUUGGGUGUGAUGCCCAAGCGUGGCCUGAACGUCAGUGUGUGUGAGGUGUUCCGAUUCUACAGGCUGCUCGCCGUCAAAGACAUGCUGGAGCCACUGAGCUUCUAUGUGCCGCGGAAGCAGUCUGAGGGUUUUCAUGAGGAUAUUUAUCCCAUGACAGCAGCCAAUGAACCAGCCAUGACCGCAGAUGAGUGGCUGAUGGGGCAGAACAAAGGGCCGCUACUGAUGUCUCUGAGACCUGGAGCUGAAGCGCUCGACACCAGCCCAACUGAAACAGAGACACCAGCCAAUCAGGACACAGAAUACCCUCCUGACUUAAUCACAGAUUUGCAGGACUGGACGGAGGAUGACACCCAAAGCCACGACUGGAUCUCCUCACGCACAUGCUGCGAUCUGAACCGGACCGAACCGUCGGAGGUGUCGCUUCGCCAGCGGGAGGAAACUCAAGAUCUGCAGGAGCAACUCAAGCAGAGAGACGAUAAAAUACGAGAACUGGAGCUGGAGCUGAAGAACAUGCGCAACCACAUGAGAGCGUCCUUCUGAUGGCAGCCAAUCACAGCACAGACUGCCAAUCACAGCAGCCAAUCAAAGAAGAGAAUAUGGAAAACAUUGAGUCCUAUGAACUGUUGUGAGGAAUCAUCUGUGUUAAUACGGUUCAUGUUGAUUCAUUAUAUAUUUGUGAGAUAUUUAUUUUUGGACUGAAUUAUUUCGUUCACAACAAGGAUGAUAAAUAUAAUGAUAAAAUUUUAACAAGCUCUUACUCUUAGAGAAUCAUCAAUUCCACAGCACAACUGUAACGAAAGCGACACAGAGAAAUGAUAUCGUCGGAAUACAUUUCAGAGCAAUUUUUUAAUAUAAACAUUGACAGCCAAUCAGAAAUCCAUCCUGCUUUAAAGAGCUGGGUCACACAAGUUUCUGACUUUCUCUCGCAAUUCUUUGAACUUGACUAUAUUACUCACAAUUUCAAGUUUAUAUCUAAACGUGCAAUUGCGAUUAUAAAAAGUCAGAAUUGUGGGAUAUAAACUUGUAAUUACAAGAAAUAGAGUCAGAAUUGUGACAAACUUGUAAUUGCAAGAAAUAAAGUCAAUAUUGCGAAAUAAAUUCAUAAUUACAAGAAAUAAAGUCAAAAUUGCGAGUUUUUAAAAGUGGCUUCAGUGUGAGCUGUGAACAGACAGCACACAAUAUUCCACGCCCUCAGUGUGGACCCAGUACAGUUACUGUCCCUGGUGUGAACGGGCCUUUAAACACACUCAGAAAUAACCCACCAGCCUUUAUAUUUUAAAAAUGUUUAUUAAAUGACUCAUUACGGCCUGUAAAACACUAAACAUCCACUAACAAACACCCAGAGCUCCUGAUUGGACCCAGAGCCGCUUUCAUCAUCA